CUAGCGUGUACUGAAUCAGCAUCAUCUCUUAUCCAAUUAACCCCCUCAUCGACUCCGCUUUGCUUUCUCUGACAAGCUCUCAUCUCAUAUUAACAACAACAAUGGUGUCGUCUUCGCUGUGUCUAUUGAACUCUCCUGUUUGCCCUCACUCUCUUCCUAACGUCUCGUCGCAGCCACUCCUCUCUUUCUCCCGUUCCCUCAGGCCAUUCCUUUCCAAGUCCAAACCUUUGGCCUCGCAGAAGAAGAAGAGAGACAACUCUGGCCUACUCGUGGUGAAAUCACAAGCUCUUGAUUUCUCAGGCACUUUCUUUGAAGGCGGAUUCGGCUCCGACGAUGACCCCACUUCUCCUUCCGUCUCUACUGCCCUUGAGGACAAACCUGAACCUCAAUGCCCUCCUGGUCUCCGACAGUACGAGACUAUGGCCGUCUUGAGACCCGACAUGUCUGAAGAUGAGCGCCUUGGUCUCACCCAGAAGUACGAAGAGUUGCUUGUAGCUGGAGGUGGAAUGUAUGUGGAAGUUUUUAACAGAGGAGUGAUUCCAUUGGCUUACAGCAUCCGAAAGAAGAACAAAGCUGGAGAGACCAACACUUACUUGGAUGGCAUCUACCUUCUUUUCACUUACUUCACCAAACCUGAAUCCAUCACUCCCCUCGAGUCCGUUCUCAUUGCCGAUGAUGACGUUAUCCGAUCUUCUUCCUUCAAGAUCAAGAAGAGGAAGUACAACUAAAACGAGACCAUCAACAUUGUGUGUUUGUAUGUGGCCAAGUUAGAUUAUUUUCUACCCUCUAUGUUUCUUUUGACCAAAACUAAAUCUACCCAUCUUUAUAUGGUUGAGUGUUAUAUUUUUUUUUUGUGAAAUGCUCUGUGUUCUUUGUGUUA